CUUUGCUCCACAAAGCUCAGUCUGAAUUCGCAAUCCUUCUCGUAAAGUACAUAUUUUAAGAAUUUCCAGUUCCGCAAAAGAUUUCCGAAAUGGUUGUUGCCAUCGAUAACUUGGAGUCCGCCCUGCAAAAAUAUGACGAUCCCAACUUCGUCUAUACUCCAGAAGAAGAGAAAGCAGUUAAAGAACUUCUCGAGUUAAUUGACGGGGACGAAGAAUUGAAAAUCUGGAAGAAGUACGCCGUCAAAAGUGCGGCCGCUGUUGGUCUCAGAUUUUGCGAUGGAAGUCCUACCACAGCUUUCAAAGCGUUGAAGGACAUGCACCCCCUUCUGACCAAGAAGUACUCCUCCCUCCUGGGAUCGAUCGACCCUGCCAACUUCAAGGCACUCAUUGAGAGGAAAACUUUCCAAAUUGUGAAGCAAAAACCAGGCGCUCCAGCCAUCCUGAUUUGCAGAGUUGGAAACUGGCACAUUUCGGACGGUUCCAUUGAAGAAAUUGUCCUCGCUGGGGUCGUCUAUGUCUGGUGGGUCCUCCGCACAAACCCUAACCUUCUGGCCAACGGUUUGCUCGAGAUUCAAGACAUGGCGGGAUUUAAACUCAAACACGCCCGCCAAGUAACCGUGGACCUGGUUAAGAUGGGAUUGAAAUUCCACGCAUGCGUACCCCCAUCCGCCACCGCGUUGGCGAAAGGAAUCGUCGCCUUCAACUCGUUCGCCUUGGUCGAAGAGACCUACAAUCUUUUCAAAGGCAUUCUCCCCAAGGAUAUUAAGAGUUUGGUCCACAUCACGAAAAAUGAGACGUCCGUCAUCACCAAGUUGGUGGAUCCCGCCUUUCUCCCGGUCGAAUUUGGCGGCACUAUUCCAGACGUGGAGGCUUACAUGGAGGGUCUCGAAGAGGCGAUCGUAAAGGACGAGGAGCUCUUCCAAAUCAUGCGUCAAUUGCAGGACGAAGUCUUGAAGACCUACGGAAUCAAGAGGAUCGAGAAGAAAAAGAAGGAAAAGAAGGAUAAAAAGGACAAGACCAAAGUUGACGGGGAGAAAGCGAUGGCUUAAGUUUCCUAAAAUUUGUGAUCACAGUUUUUUCAUACUUUUCUCUGAAUUUUCAAAAUGCAUGUACUUAAACCAUGUAUGUAAUUUGAUCCAGCAAAGUUCCUAAAUAUUGUCUAAAUUAUGUAAGAAUUCAUCUCAAAGUAUAUAACAAUUGAAAAUAAAAUAUUUUCGAAAUUUCA